AAACAGCACAUUUCUAUUUGGCUUUCUGGUCGUUUCAUCUCGCGCUGGUGGGAGCGUGUGUGAAUAUUCGAUCGUGCUGCAUGGCAUAGUGCUAUCGCUAGCAAAGAGAGGACCAGUCUUCAGAGUUUCAGUGCUCUGUGGUGUGUCAAGUCUCUAGAUCAUCUUAGAAAAUUAAGUAUACAACAACAACAACAACAAAGACGGCGACUUGCAGAGCAGGCUGAUGAUGAACACGAGAGCUGGCACUGCGUGGGUGAUUCUCGCUCUGGUCUAUACACUUGCACUCGCUGUUCGCCUUGGCACAUGCAGUCAGCCCUGGAUUGUCCUGUUCGUUGAGUCAUGGCCACAGAGACCUGGAGCGGGCUGGGCCAGUCCAAGCUUGCCGGUAGAUUGGACAAGAGACCAUCCGACCAUCGGUUCCACUUCCAAUCGAAUAGACUCGAUGACCGCCCAAUCUGACGGUUCCACUUCCAAUCGAAUAGACUCGAUGACCGCCCAGUCAGACCCCAGUAGGCAGCCUACGCCGCCAACACAAGACCAAGGUCAGCCAUCACACAAUACCACCGACCCACAUCAAGGACAAUCGCAGCCAGCACCACUAUCCUCGCCUCUGGAGAACAGGACGAGAUACGAUAGCUUGGAGUCGGCACUACUAGCUGUUGAGGACUCGCAUGUACUAUUCCGACGUAGAGGGUCUCGACAUCCCGACGUGGUGGUCAAGCUGCUUGCGUCUCCUGCAUCCGGCUGCGCCAUACUGCUCUACGAUGGCAAUUGUGAUGCGCCCGACCGGGGUCGGAAUCCGCGGGGCGGCAUACUGUUUCCAUCCUUGAAUCCAGGACGGAGCACGUCGCAGGGUCGGAUCACUGUAGAAAUGGACCAUACUAGCAGCUGUUCUCACGCUAUCUUGCGCCACAAACCAUGUCUCGCCCCUUUUGACCGGCCACAUCCACAAUCGUCUAACAGUCAGAGCACAGCGCAACCUAAUCGGUAUGUGGGCGGUAGCGAUGCCCUCAUCAAAUUCGUCAAUUCAUCCCAAGUAACUUUCCGCGGGGUUGAAUUUGACCUAGCCCAUUUCAAACACCUCCGUGGCCUAUUGUCUGUGGAACGUUCCUCAAUGCUGAUGUUUGAACAGUGCAGCUUUCGUAUUUCAGACAGCAUCAACACACCGAAUUCUAAGAACGAGACAUAUUACGGGGUCAAAGUGCAAGACAGCUUCAGUGUGCUUUUCGUCCUGUGUACUUUUGAGGGCACGGCCAACGCAAGCAGGGCGCGAGUGUUGCCUUUGCGAAGACCGUAUCAGGACAUUGCCCACUCGAUUGACCUUCGCUCGGCGCUAGAAAUCUUUACAACUCCGCCAUCACCGUCAUCGCCUUGUCCCUCUCCUGCUGAAGCAAGACGACAUUGGAAGAAGGCCAUAUGCUGGUUAGAGAAACAGUACGGUUCGUACGCGCACCGAAUUUCUUUCUUCCAGUACAAGGAGGAGCCCCACCUUAUCGGAACAUUCAUCGAGCGCUGUAAGUUCUCUGGUAUUGGACAGCCGGCCGAAUAUCGAUGCGAGGACCAGCGGAUACAUCGCAUCGACAGGACCCUCGGUUACGCUUUGGACGUGAAGUUGCGCUCUCCUUGCCAGAAUCGGGUAGUGGUCACGGAUUCGUUGUUCGCCUCUAAUCACGCCAACUACGGAACGGUUGUGAAGGUCACAAUUGCCCUAAAAGCCCAUGAUGAUGAUCCCGGUGCGGGUCAGGCGGAAGUGAGCGUUCCAGCUGCAUCAGCGAUCCAGACGGUAUCAUUUUCGAACACAGUGUUCCACGACAACCAUGCUCUCGUUGGAGGUGGGCUGUCCAUUGUUUACAGCAGCAGCAGCAGCAGCGAAAGUAGUAACAAGACUGAGCAGUGCGGUGAAGGAACCACUCAAGCCCUCCAUGUCUACGGUGUGGAGCUCCACAAUUGCACGUUUGAGAAGAACGAAGCUGGGCACCAGGGCGGCGCAGUCUACUUGCACAUUCGCGGUCCGAAAGCAGCACUCCGUCAAGCAAAGACGCUCUUCAACAAUACAAAGUUCGUAGCGAAUACUGUUCCGAGAACUGGACCCUACGUUGGGGCGGCUAUUUUCAGCAGGAACCUGGAACAGCCAUGCUCAGUGUACACCUGGAUGAAGUCGCUUCCCGACCAGCCAACUAUCACAUUCAGCAACUGCACGUUCACUGGGAAUGAGGGAGAAGAUGGCGUCGUCUACGUCUGGCUCACCAAUCUUCUGUUCCAUAAUGUGAGGUUCGAGGCCAACAAGCACACCGCAGUGGUAGCAUGCUGUAGCAAUGUGACGUUCACAGGAGAGGCACAUUUCAUAUCCAAUAGAGGACGCAACGGAGGUGUGAUGAGGACAGUGGGGCAAGCCUUGUUUGAUUUAGAGAAGGUGCAUCUGAUGAAUGCGCACGGCAAUGUGGCUGAGAACCAGGGCAGCAUCUACUAUGGCGGGCAUGAAUCCUCUGCCGUAUGGCUGUUUGAAACGAGAAACUACAACGAGCAUGGGAAGUCGUUUGAUAAACCAAAGUGUCCACUGCAGUUCCCGAAGAGCCAGCGAAAGAAUGCGCUCGAUUUGUUCAAAUGGUCCAUCCUUUAUGGUCAGUCCAUGAACAAGUCCACCUUGGCUGGAGGUGAUGAGGUGAUAGCAGCAUACUUCAUGGCUAGCUGGGUAUAUUGCUACCAGCAAUUUGAUGUACCAGAAUGGCCACUAACCAUACUCAAACCUGCGCUUUCGUUGGCAGUUAAAAUGGAACUUCAAGCCUUCUGUAUGCCGUACGGCCCUUCAGAUCGCGCCAAUGUGUCCGUUGCGUUGCUCAGUCCCUGCCGUGCAAGCGACUCGCAUAUGCCCGACAAGCUACAAUUAUAUGGAACAAACAAGUCUUGCCGAGAAGACUGCAUGAGCAGGGACGAUAGUUCACACUUGUCACCUUUCGGCAUCACCAUACCGAGAGAAACGUCAACGUGUAACUUGAAAAAUGCAUACCUAAGCCAGCCAUUUCGGUGCGGUAGUGUAGCCCAGUGUCUUCUGGCAUGGGUGCCUCAAACAAGGAAUCCGGUUUCCUUGUUGGGCUCAGCGCCAGCCUGGCUCUUCUUCAAGUAUGCAACAACCACAUGUUUCAAGACCAUCGGCACGCAGCGCAUACUGUAUUUCAAGGACGUUUGCAACAGAUCCGAAAUCGUGUGGCAACUGCAGCACAGGACUACGUAUGAUCCACUGGAAACAGACUGUGGACUGCUAAGCCUGGCGAGAGAGCGGCACAUCUACCGCGAUUCCAUGCUGCCCUUUGUGCCUGGCUAUCCACUGGUUCUAACGCCCUGGUCAAGUCAUGUCCGCGACUGGUCGGCCCCAAUGCUCAUCAACACAACACAUCCAGAGUACUGCAUCGGAGAUACGGCCAGGCGGUUCCCCAAUGCCACGCGUAGCAUUUCCAAAAUCACCCUGAACCCAGCACCCGGCGAAGUGUUCUCCAUCAACGUUCAGCCGGCUGACGAGUGGAUGAACUGGCGGCACACCUGGAUGGAACUGACAAUUCAGUCGGACGAUGCACUACUGGGCACAGGUACUGAUCUAGCCCCGGUCCUCCGCAAGACCUUUCACUCAGAUCGAGGUAUCCAGUCAAUGCGCUUGCUUGGCGUACCAGGAUCAUCAGGCAACCUCCUGUUCACCGUAAAGGGUGAUCUGAACGUUGAGCAGAGUAGCGAAGCUUCACUGAGACUGACGGUGCCAUUCCACCUACGCGCAUGCCACAUGGGAUUUCGCAUUGCUAACAUGACACACUCAAAGGUGACUCAGCUUGUGAAUGACUUCACAUCAAAGACACUAGGGAGGAGUGGUGUAUCGAGGCAGCUGGGAGAUCUCCAGAGAGCUGUGAUGAGUCAGCUUGACUGCAAAGCACGUGUCGGUGCGGCCGACCUACACGGCUGCAUCAAGAGCCACAACAAAGGCAGAGAGCUGAACAUCAGCAGCAAAUGCUGGGCUGGUGAUGUUCACCGGUUGACCAAGCCACUCACGGCCAUCUUUCACAAGUUACCCGAGUUCUCAUUUGCAGACUUUCACAAGUACAAUCAAGAUCCAUUCGGGGAGGCUGAAAAGCUGGCCGAGUUUGCUGCCGUGGAAUGCACGUCAAGUCGAUGUGAAGACCACACAGGCCAAAAGCUCUGGACUUUCCGAUUUGGUGAACGCACAGCAUGUAGCGAGAGCUGUAACUGCUGUGGUCCUCUCUGCAGCAUGUGCAAGUACAAGAAUGGAACGGCCAUGACGUGGACAUUCUUCGGAGAUCGCUGCGAAGACUGCCCUUCAAGACCCAAAGUGCACUUGGCAGCCUUUAUCUUCCUGGUGAUAAUGGCGGCGAUGGUCAUUGUUUUGUUUCUCCUGGCCAUCAACUUUGGAAUGACUUCCACUCUGGACAGCUGGUUGUACUUUGCACAAGCCUUCUUCAUCCUGCACGGCCAAACGCUACUGGCAGAUGGUAGUGUGCAGCUAUCGACAGUCUUCAUACUGUUCAUGGACCGUAUCUUCUGCCCGCAAGGCAUCACCAGGAUGGUCACUGCCAGCAGUGAAAUGAUUGUGGCAAUGGCCCUCUUCCUGCCUGUCAUUCUCAUCCUGCUGCUCACCAAGUACAGCAGUCGCGCUUCACAGCUCAUACAGCGCUUUCAGCGGCGCAACUCCAUUCGCCACGUCUUCUGGCUGUUGCUCAUCGUCAGCAUAUCCCUGGUCGUCAACUCCAUGGCUAAGAUCUUGAAGUAUGCCCGACUCGGAGAGAAGCUAGUGCCGUAUGCCGAUGGAAGCAUUACUUACUUCAGCAACAGUCACAGGGCAGCGGCAGUUAUGGCGAUCGUUGCCUUUCUAAUCGUCGUUGGCUGCCCGUUUAUCUUGCUAGCACUGAGGCCGGUGGACCGAUGGCCGGCGCUGAUUGGCUUCAUCGACGAGGCGGUGCAGUUCUACCGGCCCAGGCGCUGGUGGUGGGUGUGCGUCAACAUCCUGCGUCGUGUGGUGCUGGCCCUGCUCGACAUGCUGCUUCCCAGUGGCCCACUGCAGUGGCUGCUGAUGCUGGCUACCUGCAGCACACUGCUCACUCUACACAGUAUUAUCAGGCCUCUGAAACACACCACUAUGAUCUGGAAGGUGAAGGAUUUCGACAAUCGACUUGAAUCCGCUCUACUGAUCACCCAGUGCUUCCUGUACGGCUUCAGACUCUACCUCGAACUGCAAUGCCCUCUGAAAAUCAAAAAGCCGGCCGUCGUCCUGACAAUCUUUGCCAUAGUCUCGGCAGUGUGCAUGGUUGUACACUUCUCCCGCUUCUUCAAAAGCUGGUGGGACACGCUGUACCAGAAGCCUCGCUCGGACCUCCGCACGCUCUGGCGCGAGUCAUCCUCGUCACCUUCGUCGCCUCUGUCAUCAUUCGGGAAAAGCAACACGCACAUCAGCAGGAAUGCGAACAACACACCCGGCUUGAGAACAAUGCUUCCUAAUGACCAGUCCAUGAGUGUGGAUUGCCGUACGCCGCACAGCAGUGGACACCCAUCAAGCGCUACAAGCAAGAUCAGUGGUGGCCAAACAGAGCUGCGGGAACCACUGCUGAUGGAAAGCCUGCUGCGCGCCGUCGAGCAAGACGAUGAAGAGUGGCGACCACGCACAGCAGCUGUAUGACCCCCCCCCCCCCCAGCCAGGACUGUACAAAGAACAAGGUCUGUCUUUGAACAUACCUGUGCCCCCCCCCUCCCCCCCCCCCCCCCAGUAUAAAGAUGAAAGUAUAAUCCGCCCGCCAGAGCUGCCUCAAAUUUUACAUAAAAUGGACGACCUCGUUGACUUCAUUUGUCUUGUCCUUACCCACUGAAGCAUUUCAUCUUCCACCAAUCCCCACAGCAUAGUCAGCAACAGCAGCAGCAGCAGGACACCUGCAAUAUACCAAGAGACAAAUUAGCAAGAAAUCCAUAGCAGAGAUAUUGGACCAAUACUUCCCAGUCAUGUACGCACAUUGCCUAGAGAGCUCCCCUUUUCUACUGCCACCCAUAGAUAGCAUGUUACGCAUACUUGCCACCAUUGUGCACCUAAGUUUACUUUUGUUUGAAUAAAUUAUAGAUGUUGCCGGCACAAUUCCAUUUCCAGCUUGCAUCACAUGAAUGGCAGACAUGUUCAGAAGCUGUGUCACACACUGAACCAUGCUUCGAAGAGAACGGUAGUACACAGCGCAAAGAAACAUCGGCAACACAGCUUACCUGUACGCUUAGUAGGCCUUAGCUGUUGGCCGCGAUGAGAAGGUGGACAGUUCUA